CACACACUGCAGGCCCUCCUUUCUGUGUGACACAUGAAUAACUGAAAGGAAAACACAGACACUCAGUUGACAGCUCACACACACACACACACCCAAGGAUGACCCUCUCUUGCAUGUGCUUUUGUUUGUUCGUAUGGAUGGCAGUGUCCACGCUGCCCACCUUCCAAGCUACGUCGUCUGUUCUCUACGCCAAAAUCAAUGGCUCGGAAAAUCUGUUAUGUGAAUGUCCAGAUCACUCCUGCCAGGAGGUUUUUUGGUACCGAUACCUUGAGAGGACAAAGAGUCUUCAGUUCCUAGUCUAUGUCAACAGCGCUGGCAGAGAGCUCCAUGGAGAUCCACUGAUCGUCAAUCGCUUCAAGGGCUCCGUUUCCUCUGGACAGAAGGUGGUCUACACCCUGCGUAUAACAGGACUACAGGAGGAUGAAAUCGGCCUCUAUUCCUGCAUGUUUAAAAUUAAGAAUAUUAUGCCUGUUGGAUAUUACAUAAUGCCUGGAGUGAAACCUCCAACAGUUCAGCCGCCAACGGUUAAGACCACCAAACCUGUGAAGAUCUGUCAUUGCAAACCCUCCAAUUCUCCUAAAGGCUGUGAACAGUUCGUGCUUUGGCCGGGUAUUGGUGCUCUUCUGCUUUUGGCCAUUACGCUUGCGGGCACACUUUACUACUUCAGUCGUCUACCUAAGAAGUGCCGACAUCGAUUUGCCAAGACGAAUCCAUUGCGAUGAGGUGGAAGAACACACUCUUCAUGUCAAAACAAAUGCAGUGGUCUUUUUUCUCUCUAAAUUGUGGAGCUGUAGAAGGAAUACUGGAAUUUUGCCAUGGCUUCACUUAUAACAAAUGUGUUGGGUUUUAGAAUGUAAAAGUUGUGUAAAUUAAAAUAAUAGCUUAAAUUUGGAGUUUUGUGUUUCAUCUGACAUUAUUCAACCAACAGUCCACUUAAUGAUUUAGAUUCAUUGUCUAACUUGACUGAACUAAACCAGAGCUGAACAAACCACCAGGAUCACCACAAAACUGAACCCUAAACUUGGACUAAACUUAGACUUCAUCGAGCUUUAAGUUUUGUUCUUGCCAGCACAGCAUGUUUAAUAUGCGCCUGAAUGUACAGUUUACUAAUGUUCUAAUGUUUCUCGUAUCCUGCCAUGUUUUAUGCUUUCAUGUUAUGCUCAUCAAGUUUAAAUUAAAUGAGUGUAUUAUUGAGUGUA